AUGUCAACAAAAAAUAAUAGUAAUGUACCAGAAAUUUCAGAUGAAGAAUUUUAUAAAAAUAGAUUGUUAACAGUAACAGAACAACUCAAAGACAAUGUACAGGUGUAUCCUCAUAAAUAUGAAGUAAAUUAUAGGUUUAAAGAUAUUUUCACUUUUAAAGAUGCAUCAGAAGAAGACCUGAAGAAAGUAAAAGUUCAGUCAGCAGGGCGAAUUUUAAAUUUUAGAAUUCAUGCUAGGUAUUCUUUUUUCCAAGUUAUGUCAGAAGAUUUUACCAUACAGCUUGUUGUAGAUGCACAAGUUUUAGAGAAUAAAGAUAUAAUUUCUAAUAUUAAAAGAGGCGAUAUAGUAGGAUUUAGUGGUGUUUUAGGAAGGACUAAAACAAAAGAGUUUAGUGUAUUUAUAAAAGAGUUAAGUAUUCUUACACCAUGCCUUAGGACUAUUCCUACUGACUAUUAUGGUCUUAAAGACCCAGAAAUUAUCUAUCGUAAAAGGUAUUUAGAUCUUUUAAUUAAUAAAGAAUCAAAAAAUAGAUUUAUACAACGUACUAAUAUUAUCAAAUUUAUUAGGAAGUAUUUGGAUGAUAAAGAUUUUGUUGAAGUAGAGACACCUCUUCUUAACAUAAUACCUACUGGUGCAGCUGCUAAGCCUUUUACUACUCACCAUAAUGAAUUAAAAAUGAAUUUAUUUCUUAGGAUUGCCCCCGAGUUGUAUCUCAAAAAGUUAGUUAUUGGGGGAAUGGAUAGAGUUUAUGAAAUAGGGAAAUUAUUUAGAAAUGAAGGUAUUGAUUUAACUCAUAAUCCCGAAUUUACAGCAUGCGAAUUUUAUAUGGCAUAUGCUGAUUAUAAUGAUAUGAUGAACAUGGCUGAAGAAAUGCUUAAUGGUAUGUGCAAAUAUCUUCAUGGAUCAGAGAAAAUAGUGUAUGCUCCUAAUAAACGAGAGAAGGAAGUUAAACCAGUGGAAAUCAAUUUUGCUAGACCUUUUGCUAGAUUUCAUAUGCUUGAAGAACUUAGUAAAGUAGUUGGCAUAAAAUUAGACGGAUUAAAUAUAAAUAGUGACGAGACAUUAGAUCUACUUAUUGAAACGUGUGAUAAGUAUGAAAUUAAAGUAGAACAACCAAAGACAUUAACAAGAGUAUUAGAUAAAUUAGUAGGCCAUUUUAUUGAGCCUAAAUGUAUUAAUCCUUCUUUUAUUAUUGGAUAUCCUCUUGUUACAUCUCCUUUAGCUAAAAAUCACAGAAGUGAAGCUGGAAUGGUAGAAAGGUUUGAGUUAUUUAUUAAUGGUAAAGAGAUUUGUAAUGCAUACACUGAAUUGAAUAAUCCUAUUGAACAGAGAAUGAGAUUUAAAAUGCAGGCACAAGACAUAAAUGAUGGGGAUGAUGAGGCAAUGAUUACUGAUGAAGAUUUUUGUGUGGCUCUUGAAUAUGGACUGCCUCCUACAGGUGGGUUUGGAAUGGGUAUAGAUCGGCUUACUAUGUUUAUGACUGAUGCUGCUAAUAUCAAGGAUGUGAUACUUUUCCCUGCGAUGAAGCCUGAAAGCGACAAUUAA